AUGAAGGUGGAAAAUCUGAAGAAUGAGAAGUUGCAGUGCAUCUCGGAUUGUAACAGAGAUGCACCGACAGCAACUUUCAUUGACAAACAGGAUCAUCGAAAAAACAAGAAGAACAGCGUGAAGUCCAGCAGACCUGCAGGCACAGAAAGUGAAGCUGCGAGAGAAGUUGGACUAGAUCUUCAAGGAUGUGACCUGUGGAAGAGAUUUCAUGAGAUCGGCACAGAGAUGAUCAUCACCAAAGCUGGAAGGAGAAUGUUCCCCUCUGUCCGAGUCAAGGUGCACAAUCUGGAUCCCGACCAGCAAUACUCCAUUGCCAUGGACAUCAUGCCUGUGGACUCAAAGAGAUACAGGUAUGUGUACCACAGCUCUCAGUGGAUGGUGGCUGGAAACACGGAUCAUUCCUGCGUUCCUCCUCGUCUCUGUGUCCACCCGGACUCGCCGUCUUCAGGACAGACCUGGAUGAGACAGGUCAUCAGCUUUGAUCGAGUCAAACUCACCAACAAUGAGAUGGAUGACAGAGGCCAUAUCAUCCUGAAGUCCAUGCACAAGUACAGGCCACGCAUACACGUCAUUCAGCACAGUCCUCUUGAGACUCUGGUGUCUCUGCCGGCGGAUGGCGUCUACACCUUCUCCUUCUGUGAGACUCAGUUCACCACUGUCACAGCCUACCAGAACCAACAGAUAACAAAACUGAAGAUCGAGCGGAAUCCUUUUGCCAAGGGCUUCAGGGAACGAAAUGGAGGCGUGCUGGAAGGCGUGCUGGAGUCGUAUGCAUGGCACAGUCCCUUCAACCUCGAUUUCAAAUCUUUUGCUAUGGAGCUACAGGGCAGAUGUUAUGGACCUCCAGCAAGCUUCGGUAUCUCCUCCUCAGUGCCAUCCUUCUUGCCCAGCUGCUUCUCUCCAGCAGCUCAUCCCGUCACGUGUUCAAGCCCUCAGUGCUGCGAGAUGCUCCCUUCACACAGUGUUCUCACAUACAGAGCGUACUGCAGCAUCUGCCUGGGCAAUCUCAGCACUUACGCUGGGCUGCGACCCGUGUUAGAUCUGCCCUUCAUGACGGCUCUCCAGGUGAAGAAAGGAGACAGCUGUAGGAUCCGCUGGCUCCAGGACUCUACCUCCAGAAGUGCUUCAGCUGGAUGGGCCUCUGGAGACCAUCAAACUCAGAAAGACAACAGAGAGCCAGCCUUCGUCUCUCCCUACAGCUACAGUCCCCCCACGAGCCGCCGCUUCUCUACUGUUACUCAUCAUCUAAAGCUGGCUCAUGCUGAGACUGUUUACCAAAUGCCCCUGAUCUCCUCCAUCAGUUACUGCCCCGACACCAAACCUGUCAAACAUGCUCUCUAG